AAUGUUUCCGUUUAACGUUACUCUCGCCUGUUAACACCUGGUUCGUAGAACUGAUAACAAAAUAUAACGUCCACUUCUGUCGUUUUCUCCACGUAACAGUAACAUAUGGUUGGUUAGGUUGAGUUUACCCUCAGGUAAAACAAGACGCCCACCUGGUCCACCAGACUCCAUCAUGUCCCCAUCGGCCUGUGGACACUGACACAGCUCCCCUGACGCCGUGCAGAGGAAAGCAGCUGGAGGGAAGCCGGCUAGCAUGCAGCACUGGCCCGGUGUCUCCAGGAGGCGGCGCUGCUGAGAGGUGAUUGGUCGGUGAUAGGUCGGUGAUCGUUCAGUGAUUGGUCGAGCUGAGCUUAUGUCUGCUGAACCGGCCAUGGACGACUUUACCACCAGGACGUACGGCACAAGCGGCCUGGACAACAGACCUCUGUUUGGGGAGACGUCUGCUCGGGAUCGGAUCAUCAACAUGGCAGUCGGGGGAUUCACCUCUGUGGUCGUUCUAGUGACUGUGAUCGGUUCCUUCGUGUUCCCUUCACUGCCUCCACGACCGCUUAAUGUCUUCUUCGCCGUGUGCAUCCUGUUAACCUGUGGAUCCACCAUAGUGCUGAUCUUCUGGUACCGACAGGGCGACCUGGAGCCCAAAUUCAGGAACCUGAUCUAUUACAUGCUGGCGUCCAUCGUGCUGCUAUGUCUAUGUGCCAACCUCUACUUCCAUGAUGUCAGGUAAAGACGAGGAGGAGGAGGAGGAGGAAGAAGGGAAGACAUGGCCUUGACAGACGGAGACACGUGGAAGGACUAAAUGAUGGACCGACAGUGACGGAAAUACAUGACUGAAAAAAACAAAAACCAAAAAAAAACCAAAAACUAAUCACACACUAACUUGAAUGAAGUUCCCACCCGGCUCACAGAGGAGCUGUCGGACCAAAACCAGUGAGACUUUAAUGGUUCCAGUGGGAUGAAAACUGUCUUGUUGGUACCGAAUAAUACACACACACACACACACACACACACACACACACACACACACACACACACACGACUUCACAAUGUAGAAAUCAUGAUGUACUGUACGAGGCCAUAAAUCUGCCUGGAGACACACACAGCUGGAGGAUGAAGUUAAAGAGCAGCAGGUGUGUUUACAUGCACAUAAACAUCAUUAUUCAUCAUUAUUACAGUCAUACUAAUGUAAUAAUGACAUGGUAAUAAUAUGAAGCUCUUCAGUGCAAGAGUUUGAUAUGAUGAGGUCAUAAUGAUGAACAGUUAAAGGAAAAAUCUGCCCUUUCUUUUGUGUUGUAUUACAAAUCAAUGUCUUUUACAUGUUUUUCUCAGAUUGAUUAUAUUUAUAUCUUUAAACACAUUGUUAUAAUAACUAUUCUAAGCAUCACUGCCUUUAAAGUCUGUGUUCACAGACCACAUUUAUGACGACAACUUAAUCAUUCCAAACUCCAAUAAAACACCUGCCGAACCUCCAUUCAGACAGAAUGAAGCAUUUUAACCAUCUGGAAAUUACAACUUUAUUUACAGUCAUUCCACAAGACAAAGACAAAAGAUAAGAAGACGUCAGUCAGUGUGACCUACACUUCCUGAGUACAUCGCUAUCUGUGCACCACUUCACUGCAAGACCACCCUUAUAAAGGAUUAAUGAAUGGUUUAUAAUCAGGUUAUUAAUUGGCUUGUUAACACUUAAUAAUUCAUAAAUAAACAAGUUAUAACACAUUUUUCAUACGUUGAUACUAUUCAGUUAGAUCAAGUUAAUGUUUACUACUCACUAAUCUGACUAACGAGUCACUUCCAUUUAUAACGUAAAUAAAGUAAUUGAUCAAUUAUAGUAACUCAUUAUUAAACUUACUCCUUCCACCAGUUCUAAAUAAUAGUAACUCAUUAGUCAGGUUUAUGAGUUCUAAGCUUUAACUUGCCAAAUAGUAUCAGUUUAAAAACUGUGUUAUAAGUUGUUAAUUUAUGAAUUAUAAAUUGUUAACUGAAUUAAUAGCCUGACUAUAAACCAUUUAUAAAUUCUUCCGUCAUCUUAUUUUGAAGUGGUACCAUUAUCUCUGAUGUCGUCAUGAACAAACUUCCAUAAAUCUGCUGAAAAAUCGUGGAAAAGAAGCUUCGAAACGUUUUUAACUUUUCUUCAGUUUCACAUUAAUCCAGUGACAGAUUCUUUAAAUGUACCAGGACAAACCAGGUUUUUACUUUUAACAACAGUACAUUUGAUGAGGUUUUACAUGGUCUUUAUCUCAUGAUGACUUAAUGAAGGUGUUUGCAUGUUAGCAUGUUCCCAUGUAUCAGAUUAGCAAAAGAAAAUUUUUUUUCCCCACACAAAAAUCUAAUUUCACACUGAGCCAAUAAAAAGAGAGAAAGAAAAGUUUUUCACUUAAAAUAUAAGGACACGUCGCCCCAGACAUGAUGUAAAUGACUUACUUUAUUUAUUAUUAAUUUACUAAAAUGUAAACAAAACAAAACAAAGCUCAAAAGAGAUCGCCAACAUUUGAUGAGCUUUGUUCUCCUGAUGGCUUUCACUUCUUCUGUGAUACUGGUUCCUAAAUCGGCCCGUUGUGUUGGUGUUGGCAUGUGUCCAUGUCAAAAAACUGUUUUUAACUUCCUCCAUUUUCACAUAAACACUGAGCUCAAGCAGAAGUACAAGCAGCGAUAACGUUAGAAUGACAUCACCACCAGCGCUUGUUGAUGAAGUCUUGUGGAUGAACUCAGUUUGACAUGUGUUCAGAUUUCUCAACCAGGAAGUGAGUUAUGAGCAUGUAAACACACCAGGUGAAGCAGGAGGCGGGAAACAAACCCUUCCCUCCCUCCCUCAGUUCUGUGGACUUUAGCACAAACUAGCUAACACGGCAAUAGCACAACAGCAUCAGGGUUCUGUGGCAAAUAUAUGCAACAGUUUGUAUGUUUUCCUUUUUUUUUCUGCUUCUUUUCUGCUUUUUCAGCUUAUCUGAUUUUCAUGGUGGGAUUUAAUUAAUUUUCCAAAUCAAGUCUCGCUAAGAGGAUUUUUUUUUAAUUAGACCUAAAUGCUGAAUUACACUGACUCACUGCCAAUUCUUGCACUAAGCGUAGCUGAAUUACACUUUUGUCUAAGCCAUUCACACACACACACACACACACACACACACACACACACACACACACACAUACACACACACAUACACACACACACACACACACUCACUCACUCACUCACUCACUCUCAGGCCAGCUGUAGCACCAAUGAAGAUGAAUGGAGGUUUUCCACAUGAAUCUGUAAAGGUCUCUGUAUCACGUCAAUGUGUCCGCCAUCGGGCGUUUUUGCACUGUUAAUCCUGCUUUUUACGAACCUGAGCUUCUAGUCUGUCGCACCACGUAGCUUUAAGUCACUGUUUUUACAUAAAGACUGAGAGUUAUAAUCAUGAAGACGUUUGUGUUGUAGGUCUAUUUCAGCCCAACACGUUUGGUUCAGAUGUAGCAGGUUAGAAAAACACUAUGGUUUACAGAGUGUAGCUGCGUUAGUGAAGGCAACGCAAUAACAGGAAGUUAAAGCUGACGCGUUCAUGGCCUCAGUGUUCGGUACGUUUCUCCAUGAUUUGGUCACAUAGUGUUGCUCCCUGUAGGAAAUGCUAACAGCCUCUGAUUUCUCUGAGUUCACAGCCAGCAGGUCUAUCAAAAAUAAAAUCCAGUAUUAACAUUAAUAGUAUUAUAGCAGCUACACUGAUUGUGUCUGGUUUCACUUAAACUGCUAUAAAUAAAAAAGCUAAUUGGCUAACCAUUUAGAAAUAAUGUGAGAACAUUUUUGCCCAACUAAAUGCUAACACUAGUAUGCUAACGUUAAUAUUCAGCAGGUAUAAUGUUGACAAUCUGUCAGUAGUUUUGCAGAUGUUUGGACGUAAACCCAAUUAGAUUUUGACCUGAUGGUGGCGCUAGAGGAAAAGUGAAGAGAUCAGUGAAGUCAUUUCAUUUCAUCAUGAGGCCGAGAAGAAUAUCUGAAGCAGAUUUCCUGACCGUCCUGUAGCGACCAGCAGAUGCUGCCGUCGUGCUGCUAGCAUGGCGGGGGAGGUUUUAUCUUAUUUUUCUGAACCCACAGAUCUGUCAGAUCCUCUGUCGCUCCAGACAAACAUUUCAUCACUUCAGGCAGAAAACACAUCAUCAGCGGGAUCAUGAAAAUACUCAUGAAGUAAAGACCAGCUGAUGUGAAGAGCCUGAGUUUAAUGUUUUGACCAGAUCAGAGAAACGUGUCGAACACUGACGUCCCACAAAGAGCAAAGUCUUCAAACACACCGUAGCACUGAGGUUUCAUUUGGUCUCAGUGGCUCUUAAACUGAAGUUAAAGUCGAGAUUCAAUCACAAAGUCAGGCUGCAACAUAAACACAGAUCAUGAAGACUGGAUUCAUCCUCUCUGUCCAAAUCAAGACUGCACAAAGAAAGCUGGACUCAAAGUUCAAAUCUCAAAGAAAACGACUGAUGUUAUUUUAUUUAUUUAUUUAUUUUUAUCAACAAAUCUCAUGAAGACAAAAACCAACGAUGUUUCAACAUUUUUCUAACUUUUUAAUCUUUAAAAACACGACACAAGUGUAUAGUUGCAUUUUUUAAAAGCUUCUGGUUUUUUCAUGACAUUUGUUGACAAUAAUAAAAAUAUAAAAUAUCACCAGGUUUGUCCUUUAAUAUAAAACAUGAGGCAAGUUGCAGCUUUAAAGUGUAAACAGCUUUGUUUACAGAUGUUCUGAGUCACACGGAGUCGAAACGUCCAGGAGAGGGAGCCGACCUCGCCACGACUGUAGGACUGUCAAAGCCAGGUGUUUCUUUUUUAUUUAAUAUUUUAUGGAAUAAAUAAUUAUAUACCCUGAA